GUGAACUGUCCCUUUAAGGGUUUAUCAGUAAGGCAAUGACAAAUGAGGUAUUUUGUCUCUUAGUUGAUAAUGAUGUUGAAUACAGUAACCCCACCUCCCCCCCGCCCCAUCAUUCAUACAAUUGCUUCAGUUGAUCUCCUUUUUGUCUUUGUCCUUCUUUCACCUGUCCCUUGUUCCUGUUCCAUCCAGUGUUGAGUUUGCCCCUGCGUGUCCCAUCAGUAUGGGGACUUCGCCAGGUCUGACGACAGGCUGUCCUCUCUCCUCAACCUGCCAGGGGAUGGGAAUACACCCUGAGCUCAUUCCUGGACUGCCUAUAGUGACAGCCCACAGCAUAAUCCCCACAGGGGACACAUUACUGGGCUAUUAGUCCAACUCUUUCACCUACAGUGCAUGCCUCUGGCUUGCUCUUGGUUCAUUUAGCCCAUUCUCUUUUCCCCCUGCAAGUCCCUUAUCAGUACUCUGUAUUUUUCCUCUCAGGAGUUGGUUGCCAGAUCAGACCUCGUACAUCAGGGCAAACUUUUCCUCCAACUGAGAGGAAGGCAUUUCACUCUGUUAUUGUUUAUGGGGAGAAAGCUGGGGUCAAGUUCACAGGCUGAGAGAGAGACCAAGAGAGAGAGAGAGAAAGUCUGUUCCAGCUCCAGCCGCAUGAGAGAGAAGCAUAACUCAGCCGUGUUUGUGCUUCCCUAAUUCCUUUUUGAUUUAGCAGAAAAUUGUGAGCUAAGCUGCAAUGCACAAAUAUUCACCGCCUGUGACAAACCUGUACCCACUGUAGUCUGUGUGUUUGUGAAUGUGCCUGUCUCUGAAAACAUUUAAACCAGUGUGUGUCCCAUUCUGACAGCAGCCUGCUUUCCGAGCUCUGAGCAGAAAUACAAAUGUCUCUAAAAGGAGCUUAGCUUUAACAGCAGCUUUGGCAUAAACACUUGAGCUUUUUUCUCAAGCUUUCGAUGAAAUAGGAGUUUGCGACAGCUAGAGCUAAUUUGUUUCAAUUCCAACAAGGAUUUUCCCGAUUUGUUUACUUGUUUGUUGGCAUUAGUGGGUCAGCUGAAUCAACUUUGGUAUUCUUAAUCCAAUAUCACAAACUCCCCAGAGAAGUUCAAGUCUACACUGAUAAGAACAGUGCAACAAAAGUGUCUGUUAACAAGUGGAGCAAGUCAUUUUUUCAGUUCAAGAUUUUUGGAUUCCUAAAAUUAGGUUUUGAUUUGUUAGGAGUCAUUCAAGGACUUGAUAUUUGAUAAUGGAUGACAGACCGCUACAAAGCCUGAUGACAACCUCAAGAUGCAUGCACGCAUGGGAAAAAAGGAUUCUGAGCCUCCGGGCUGCCCGGAUUCGGAGCUGUGGUUCGCCGGGAGCCAAACUCUCCCCCCGGUCUUCUUCAUGCCAAAACCACGGUGCCAGUUCGAGGAUUUACUGUGCGUGUCUGUUGCUGCUGCUGCUGGUGACGCCUCGAGUGGACUCUUCAUGGUGGUACAUUGGUGCGCUGGGGGCCCGUGUGAUCUGCGACAACAUCCCAGGCUUGGUGAAUAAGCAGCGGCAACUCUGUCAGCGCCACCCAGACAUCAUGCAGGCCAUCGGCGAGGGCACCAAAGAGUGGAUCAGAGAGUGCCAGCACCAAUUCAGACACCACCGCUGGAACUGCAGCACACUGGACCGCGACCACACCGUGUUUGGACGUGUCUUGCUACGGAGCAGUCGUGAAGCAGCAUUCGUCUACGCCAUCUCCUCAGCAGGAGUGGUGUAUGCGCUUACUCGCGCCUGCAGCCAGGGGGAGCUGAAAAUGUGUAACUGCGACCCGCACAAGCGGGGACGGGCUAGCGAUGAGAGAGGAGAGUUUGACUGGGGUGGCUGUAGUGAUAACAUCAACUAUGGGAUCAAGUUUGCCAAAGCCUUCAUAGAUGCCAAAGAGAGGACAGUCCGAGACGCACGGGCACUCAUGAACCUACACAACAACCGCUGUGGCAGAACAGCAGUGAAGCGGUUCAUGAAGCUGGAGUGUAAAUGUCACGGUGUGAGCGGCUCUUGCACACUGCGGACAUGUUGGAUGGCCAUGUCAGACUUCCGGAAGACCGGUGACUACCUGAGGAGGAAAUACAACGGGGCCAUCGAGGUAACGAUGAAUCAGGACGGGACAGGCUUCGCUGUAGCUAACAAAGCCUUCAGGAAGGCCACCAAGAACGACCUGGUCUACUUUGAGAACUCUCCGGAUUACUGCCUACAAGACAAAACAGCAGGCUCCCUGGGCACGGCUGGGCGGGUCUGCAACAAGACAUCACGCGGCACGGAUGGCUGUGAGGUCAUGUGCUGUGGGCGGGGCUACGACACCACGAGAGUCAAGCAAAUCACUAAGUGCGAGUGCAAGUUCAAAUGGUGCUGCGCCGUGGAGUGUAAGGACUGUGAGGAAGCUGUGGACAUACACACGUGCAAAGCUCCCAAGCGAGCUGAAUGGUUGGACCAGACCUGAGGACGCGCCCCCUCUGCCCCCUCUAAUGCAACCUCACCCCUUUCCCCUUUAUGGGACAUCCUGUGGAACAUGGCAUUCUGGGAAAGUUUGUCCGAAAGUGCUCUCCCCCCCCCCCCCCCGCCCCAUCUUUGGUUCAUCAUUGCAUGGCUUUUGUACCUGUCUGUGAAAGCACUAUAGUUCAGUACCCAUCAAUAUGAAUUAACAUCCAUUAGCCCCUGUUUGUGAAUAGCCCUGUGACUGAACUGCUGGGAUCAGAUGAACGGUGAAACCAGUGAAUGCUUUGGUGUAAGGGUGGAUUGGACUUUCAGAUUCAGUCCAGAAGGCCUUUUUUUCUGGCGUGUGGUACUGGGUUGAAAUGGUUUACUGCUUUCCUGAUGCUUUAAAGACACAUUUUUACAUUAACUGAGCCUUAAAAACGUAUCCAGUAUUAUUACAACAACAUCAUAUACUCA